ACCAGCACGACUGGGCACGACUUGGACCCUCCGAUCCAGUCUCCUCUGCUCUUCCUCCUCCCCAGCGCCGGCGCGGCGCGAAGGCAGGGAGGGAGGGAGGGACCGACCGAGGGAGCGCAAUAAACCCGCAUCAGUUCCACACCUCAGCUCGCGCCGUCGCCUCCCCCUCUCAGUCCCUCACCUCGAUGGACUCGCUGGCCGCCGCCUGCUUGUGCUCCCGCCGCCGCCGCGCCCGCCGACUCCUCCUGGCCGCCGCCGCAGCCACCGCCGGGUACGGCCUGUACCGCCUCUACCGCCACCACCGCCGCCGUAUCGUCGCCGCCCUCUCCCUCGCCGACGCCGUCUCUCAGGUCGGUUCCGACCUCGCCGAAUUCCUCCGCUCCGACUCCGACCAAGUCCCACGGAGCCUGCUCCAGCUCUCCAAGCUCGCGGCCUCCGAACCCGUCAACUCUGCUGCGUCUUCCCUCUCCGAGUCCCUCGCCUCCGGCGUCCUCCGCGCCAUCUCCUCUCACCAGCACCAAUUGCGUCAACAGCAGCAGCAAAACCCCCAAACCCCGCUCCAAGAUCGGAUCUUGGACCGCCUCCUCUCCCCCGAAGGUGCCGGGUUCGCCUCCGCUGUCGUCGGAAGCUUCGCCAGGAACCUCGUCUUGUCCUCCUGCAACGCCCGCACCGACUCCUCCGCCGAGGCUGGCGACCGCGAGGAGCCGCGGUGGCUGGCUGCGCUCUGCAGCGCCACGGGCAAGGAGGCCGCCGCGGACCUCGUCCGAGUCUUCGUCAGCUCCGCUGUCGCCGCCUACCUCGACCGCACAGCUGCCGUGCGCACCAACGACCAGCUGCUCGCUGGCCUCUCCAACCCAAGGCACGAGGCCAAGGUCAAGGACCUGGCCGUGUCCGUCUGCAAUGGCGCCGUCGAAACCUUCCUCAGGACGUCACGGCAGCUGGCUAAGGAGGCCUCCAUUGCUCGCAUUGAGGCAGCAGAAAUGGAGCGUGUGGCGCACAAUUCAGACACCAACUGCGUGAUCCAGAGGGUGUCAAGCACGCUGGCCGUGCCGAGCAACAGGAGGUUCGUUCUGGACGUCACAGGCAGGGUCACGGCGGAAACUGUCCGUUCCUUCCUUGACUUCCUAGCACAGCGGAUGUCUGAUGGGGCCAGGAAAAGCAUUGUCAUCGCUCGUGAUGAGGUCGCUGAGAGGGGACUAGUUGCUGUCAAGUACCUCGGUGCCAAGUCCAUGGCCAUCUUCACCAUCUCCCUGGCAUUGUGCAUGCACAUUUUGAUGGGAACAAGGUUCCUAUUGCCGGGCUAGCUACCUGGCUGGGUGGGAGCUGGAGUUGCAUUGCAGGAAAAAGAUCCAUCCGGAGUAGCAGGAGCAGAAACUUUGUUUGCUUAUGCUUGACAUUUUCUCUUCGGUGCUAUUUAUAACAGAGGAUAGUAAGUGAACAGAGGAAUUAUGUGCUCAUUAGACAUUUUCUGGUUUCUUAGCAUGUUCUUUUCUAUUCUUUUUUUUUCCAAUUUUCUUUUGUGAAUGUAGUAUUGUAGUCCCACCUGAGAUGUAGGAAAACUAAAUUAACACACUUGAAUGUCGAAUUGACAUUUCAUAGCAAUGAUCUGCAGCGAUUAAGUAGCUUUUACUUGUCCUUUGACCAUUUGUGUGUUGUCAUUUACUCCACUUAAUUCUAUGACUAAACAUACAUUCCAUAUGUCUUUC